AGGCAGCAUGAGGGUAUUACAGAGGAUAAAUCAGGAUGCAAAGAUCCUUCUGUCUUUUGCAAAGAAGGCAGCUGGGCAGCUGAGAGGAACAACAUUCAGCUCUCAGGCUGAACGGGAAACAUCAGGUGCCUGGGGGCUGUUAAAAUGAGUGAUAACACUGCUCUGGCUGCUCCAGCUUCAAACCAGGGUCCUACCACCCCACGCAAAGGUCCUCCCAAGUUCAAGCAGAGGCAGACUCGCCAAUUCAAGAGUAAACCUCCAAAGAAAGGUGUGAAAGGAUUUGGAGAUGACAUUCCAGGAAUGGAGGGGCUAGGAACAGAUAUCACAGUGAUUUGCCCGUGGGAGGCAUUCAGCCACCUGGAAUUGCAUGAGCUCGCUCAGUUUGGGAUUAUUUGAGGUGCCAGAGGUUCGGCCACUCUCAACAACAUCUGCUGUAAUUUUGGUUGCAUCUGCCCUGUUGAUUUUGCCCUGUUGAUCUGCCAGAGUCUUGAAAUUCAGCUGAUUGGAAGUGGUUUCUUUGACUUUCAAGGUCAUUUCCUAUCAGUUACUACUAAGAGUUCUCUUACUGUCAGAAUCUCUCUUGGAGUACAGCUCAAAACAGUGGAUGCAUUUCAAACUUGACCACCUUUUCCUACCAGCUUGUUAGAAGUCAUCAGUAUUUCUCUACAUUUUGUUUAUGUGUAAGCCCUUUAAAUCUAUUUUUGCUAGGCUUCUAUUAUGAUUAAUAGCAGACUUUUAAGGCAACAUUUAUGUCACUCCCCUUCUGUUAUUUACCAAAGGUGAUAUUUACCUUGAAUGUCGGUGAAAUUGUAUUAAAUGCUACAUGGAAAUAUCUGAUGCUGUGUUCUGAGAACCAAUUAAACAAAGAAGGCACAGUCAUCCAGGAAAUAAGUGCAGUACUUACAAAACAGCAUGGAAUUAAGAUUUGAAUGCUGUAAGUUUGUAAAUUUUAUACCUUCUGGGUCUAAAUAUGAUUGAGCUAGGUUAUUCCAGAAGUCUUAUGCAGCUCUAAAUUGUACAGUUCUAAAUUGGUGAGGAACUGGAGAUUUAAACUGAGAAUUCUGACAAUGUGAGCCUUCUUUUCCAUACUCUGGUUGAGGAAAGUUUCCUUCCACAGCAUUUCCAUAAUGAAAUUAUUUCGUCUAAUGGCUUAAAAUGGGAGUCACAGUAGUUACAUACAUUGAGUGCUUUGUGUAUGUCUGUAGUAAAUCACCUUUAAACUGUCAAAUUGAAAAUAUUUAUAUCCUAUAAGGUUUAGACUCAUAUGCAAAUGAUAGGCAGUGGACCCUCUAAAUAAAAUGAUGGUUUGCGUCACCU